CAUUUCUUCAGUCGUUCAGCAUUUCCCAUCUCUUGUACAUCGCCUGCACUGUUAAAUAUGAGAUUUUUUAUUUUCCCGCCACUUAUCCUUGCCAUUUGGCUAAUCUGCCUAUCCUCAACGACCAAGGCCGACUGCUGCAAGCCCACAAAGAUACGUUUUGAGCUGGCCGCGAACAAUGGAACCCAUACCUGUGAGACCUACGGCGGGAAGCCAGGCAAGAACUACACCUGCAAGGCAAAGAUCUGCAAUGACGGCAACAAUGUGAGGGGCACGUGGUGCGGAAAAGGCAGGUGCAAUCCGAGCGGAUGUCACUGCAAGAAAGGGUGCCUUGCCAGCGGCGCGAGUGCCAUUGACAGCUUCCGCGAGAAGCAUGGUUUCUUCAAUUUUAUCUAUGUGGGACACAAUUAAGCAGUGAUUGGAUUUAAUAAAAAGAUCGUUAAUAACCAAAAAUAAGAU